AUGGUCGUUGGCCUGAGAGAAGGUACGGUGGAAACUGAUGCUGAGACUUUAGAACUUUACUUUAAAUUGUACGGCAAGAUAGAGCACGCCAGAGUAGUCCGCGAUCAACUAAGUGGAAAAUCAAAAGGCUAUGGGUUCGUCACAUUUGACAGUCCAAAGGUUGCGGAGAAAGUUUUGUCCUCUACCAACCAUCGUAUCGACGGCAAGGACGUGAAAGUGCUCCUAGCAGUGAGAUCUCUGAAAAAAUCCCGCGAAUUGCCAAUUACGAAAGAUAUUCAAUCAGAAGAACUGCAAGAAAGGAAAAUAUAUGUAUCUGCGCUCAAAACUGGUGACUACAGAACAACCGAGCAAGACUUGAAGGAUUAUUUUUCAACCUUUGGAGAAGUUGAAGAUGCAAUGAUUGUUUUCCCGAAAAGUUAUGGAUUUGUAACAUUCAAAAAUCCAGAAACUGUCAAAGAUGUCUUGUCGAACCCUUUGCAUGUGAUUAAAGGGUGGAAGAUAUAUGUGGCAAGACCUUUUAAGAUUAAAGACAAAACUGAGAUUGCAAGGAAGAGAAAAAGGACUAUCAAUGUCUUUGAUGUUUUCCCUGAAAUAUCUGAUAAUGACCUCAUCAAGCAUUUUUCAAUUUUUGGGGAGGUGGAGCAGGUUCUUGGAAGGGAUUCUGACAGCAACCAAAGCAGUCAAUGCAUGGUUGUGUUUAAGAGAGAAGAUGCAGCUAAAAUGGCUCUGAAGCAACAACUGCAGGUGAUUGCAUCUCGAUUUAAAAUCUAUGUGAAACCACUGUCUGACAGUAGGGAAUCAAACAAAGUACUUCUACGUGGUGCUCCCGCAGAUAUCACCCUAGAAGCGUUACAGCUUUAUUUUGAACAGUUUGGAGACAUUGUUCGAAUGGACCUGACGUCAGAUCAUCAUCGACCCACCCAUGCUGAUAUCCAUGGUGUGAAAUAUCGAAUUAACACAGAUUGGCCCACUGUUGAAUUUACUGAUGUAGGUGCUGUGGAGAAAGUUUUAUUGCAUGAUCAUGUGAUCUGUGGCCAGAAUGUCGAUUUAAGGAGAGUUGAUGAAAGGGCUUUGUCAACUGGUGCAUUUAAACGGGAGACAGAGCGAAGCAUGAUGAUUCUCAUUGAUGAUCUAGAUCGAAACUCUAGCAAGGAAGCUAUCAUUGAUUAUUUCACUAGUCAGUCCCUUAUGGUCCAAUCUGUGGUUUUCAGGAUGGAGAGCAAUGAUUCUAUGUCUUGUGUGGUGGGGUUUUGGAAUUUGGAUGAUGUUGACGAAGUUGUCAAUCAAGCAUCUAAACAGGAUGGUAUUUUAUUCAUCAGUGGUAAGCCAGCAUAUGUAAGACGCCUUCACUGGGAGAGUACACAAGAAAACAUGGAAAAUGAUAGACAAGGAGACUUGUUGAAUAAUUAUUAG